AUGGAUGCCGGCCGCAACUGCUGGACAGACGAUGGCGCUGUUCACUACAUUGAGCUGACGGUUGUGCUGCUUUCAGGUCAAACCGUCGCCCACUGCAUCGCAGAGGAUUCGCUGAGCGCAGAGCACCUCAAGAUCCACGUCGAGGAGGCUGCAAACGAGCCCGGAACAGUUGUGAGUCAGCUGAUUUGGGGCGACAUGGUAUUACAGGGAAUGGUCACACUGAAGGAUUUGGGGAUGUCUGGUCAUGAGCAGCUAGUUGCCAUUUGUACCUUCGUUCUGGAGGGCCAGUUCGAGAGCUAUGAUGUCACGAACACCUGUGAGUGUUGUUUCCACGGCCGGGAGAGACGGCUCCUCUUCCGAGCAAACGGAACCGGAACAUACUGGCAGGCGACAGUGUAUGAGUACGAGGACGAUGUCGAUUUCACAGCAGACCAGGGACACACCUUUCGCUAUUCUGUUGGAGCCUUGCAGGAGGGCGUCAGCGGAUUGGAGAGGUGUCUCCAGUUUCUCUGGGACCACGAUAGCGAUGGGCAACACACUGACAAUAUCACGGCCAGGCAGCUUCCGUGCUUUCACACCGCGGCCUUGCUUCUUCACCCUUCUGACGACUUACGAAACCGUCUGCGGAUAGGGGAAGCGGUCUUCGUAGACACUCGGCGCUUGGCAAAGCGGGGUCGUCAUCUCCGGGAUGAGAUCACCGAUCUGCAGAUCCUUCGCUCUGACAUUAUGUAUCGGAUCGAGAUGCAGGAGCCCCUGAUCCCAGCAACGGAUCCUUGGUUCGAGGCCACACCGCCUUGGAUUCAUUGGCUGGAUGCAUUGAGCCUAUCAAACAAUCGACGACAGGCCGCCGUCAAGAGCCGACAUCAAAGCCUCCAGCUGCAGGAGUCCCGCGAGGCCGUGCUGCGGGCAGCCCGACUGCGGCGAGCUGCAGCGCGCCGGUUGGCGAAGCAGCGAAGCCUUCAGCGAAGACACUGGGGGAGGGGCCAAAGAGCUGCUUUCUGCUUGUAA